UUUAUCUCAGCCAUGGCUUCAAGCAACAAAUCCGAUUAUUCAAGCAAUGAGGACGACAAUCCCGAUUUUGCUGCAAAAGCCCAGGGGCGCCUUUUACAGUUGAAGAAGGGGCGAGAUGAGCGUAUGAAUGCUAUUGUUCAAGAGUCAGCUACAGGGAUGGACAAGCUACGCACCAGCAUCGCCAGGUUCCAACAAGAUCGACGAACAAAAGAAGUCCGCGCCGUUGCCAUUUCUGUGACCAGGAUUAUUGAAGCAGUAGAGCGCAGGAAAGGCAUUGAGCAGCAGAUGGAAACACUCGUUUCUCGGCUAAUCAACAAGACCCAGGAGGUUGAGAGCAUGAUGAAAACAGGCCUUCGAGGCAGGGAAGACGAUGUGAAGAAGACUAAAUGACUGGAACUCACGGCCAUGUUUUCUUGUUGGGACAUUUCAUUCUUGGGGGUUUGAGGCAGGCCAGUGGAAACGAACCUGCGCAUGAGCCUAUGACGGACACUCACAAUCAACGAACUCUCAAGCCUUUAUGAGUUCUUCUCGCUAUUCACAUUGACCCGGC